AUGAAAAAGCUUUCCUCCCACUACUCCCUCAUUCAUAAUCAACAACAACAACAGCAAUGUACCACCACCGCCACCAAACAACUCUCCUCCGUUCUAGGCAACCACCACGUUACAUCCAUAACAACCACUUCCACCACUCUCUCCAAUAGCGAUACCUCCUCCUCUUCUUUGAGUAACAGUUUCGUUAGUAGCAGCAGAAACAUAACCGUUACAACCUCAACAACAACAAAUUCACUACACCUUCAUCAACAGGAUGAUCCUGUGAUUGUGGCUGAUCGAUCUAUACUCUUAAAUGAUCCACUUCACUUGUAUCAUCAGUACAAGAAGAGAGCUCACCAGCAGCAACAAUCUUUGACUUCUUCUGGCAACGGCUCUGAGAACGGCAAUCACACACAGAACGUGGACGCUAAUUCGAUCAUUAAGCAAGAUGUCGUCCUCACAACGAAUUCACAUGCGAAAUCGCAGCAAGAAUCAAGCCGCAGAGAACCAAAUCCAACCACAACACCUUCACCCUCUUCUUCAUCGCCAGCAUUCACAAAUAAGAAGAGAAAAAAGAGUAGCGACGAAACCAAUGUCGAUUCCACCACUGCUGCUUCAUCAAAGAGCUCAGCCCACAACAUCAAAUCAAACUCUCUUUCCUCUUCUAAUGAUGUCAAGCCAAUAACAACAUCUUCUGUUCUUCCUCCUCUUCCAAGGAUCAAAAAAUCCUCCUCCUCUUCCUCUUCCAUUUCAACAACAUCAACUAGUGUUGAAAACGAUCAGCCAUCUCCUGCAUCCUUGAGCUCUAGUUCUAAUCCAUCCAAUAAUCAUCAUUCCAAUUUACAUCAACCACAACACACAAUCGCUCAUCACUACCCUCCCCACCAUCAACACUUUCACACACCCCAUCCACAAGAUGCCAAUGCAAACCCUUCAAACAAGGAUCCCUCUUCAUUAUUGCACCCCAACAAUCAUCAUCUCCAAUCGACAAACAGCUCCUCGAUUCCUACCACCGCCAGCUAUCAACAACAACAGAACCACCAAACCAUUACCGCUAAUACAGCCCUUCUCCCAUCUAAUCAUCCAGAUCAUCCAUCUAGUUUUAAUAAGAGAAUUUUUGUGGGUGGCCUUAAGGAAAGCACCACUGAACAAGAGCUCAUAGAUUUUUUCUCCCUGCCACCAAACAAUUAUGGACCUGUCAUUCAUUGCGUCAUUAUGAAAAAGUGGGAUGGUAGAUCAAGAGGUUUUGGAUUUGUGACAUUCUCAGAGGAGUCCAUUGCUAAAAGGGUUCUAAGUGACCACAAAGAACGCCCGUUUACAAUGGGAUGUCAUCGCAUUGAUUGCCAGCCAGCUCAAGGUAAUUUUAAUUCAGAGCAGAGCCCAACUGCUACCACUACUGUGGGAGCAUUCCAAGCCAGCGUCAAUGCUGUACAACAAUUUCAACAACAAACAUUACAAUCAUCAUCCAAUACAGGUUCUAACACCUCAAAUGUUGACCAUGACCAAAAUUCAAUGAUUGACUCUUUUCCAUCCAAAAAGGAAACUUGUUCUUUUGAUAAGAAGAGAAGAAUUUUCGUUGGAGGUCUUCAACCUCAAGUUACAAAACAAGCUGUUCAAGACUAUUUUUCAAAAUAUGGCACCAUCGAAGAUUUGCAAUUAAUCCUGAACAGAAGAACCCCAUUUGCUUUUAUUACAUAUUCUGAGGAAGAGGCUGUGAAUCGAGCAUUGGAUGACUUUUAUUCUGGAGUUUUGUGUAAGGAAUUUCCUGCCCAUGACGUCAGAAGAGCCAUGCCAAAAGGAAGCUUCUCUUUUACCAAACAGCGAGAAAGAGAAAUGGAACUUGCCAAUUCUCAGUCGCCAAGAGCUGGGAGAGGUCCAUUGCACAGGCCGCCCACAGGCCAUCGAGACUCGGCUUCAACAAAACAACCCUCAUCUGAACAUUUUGACAUGGAUGGAACUCUUAACCAUGGACAAGGCAAUGGGGCGAGUUCAACAACAAGAAAAUCUCAUAUCAAUUACAGAUAUACUCCAUACGACGUAAGAACAGCAUCUUCACGACGUUCCAUGCCUUUCUACGUUGACGAAUCAAUGACCAAUGCGAACUCGGCUCUCAGUCCACCUACCACGAUUGACAUGUCAGCGAAUAAUUCUUAUUUUAAUGGAAAUAGUAGAGUGUUGGUUCCUACCAAUCCAUAUGUUCAUUCAAAUGGUGGAACAUCCCAUCAUGCCCAUGUACACCUCAUGAAUCAUAUGGACAGACCACCUCAUGCAAUUCCUCCUCCAUCAGCUUCUGUUGUGCCACCAAUUUACAGUCCACCGCCGCUUCAUCACCCCCACCACCGGCCUGGUCAUGUCAAUGACGAUCGAUACGGCCCAAAAGGAAGUCCAUCAACAUCUAUCUUUUAUUCUGUUCCUUUUUAUGAAUCUCAUGCAUUUCCUCCUGUAGGUCCAGUGAUGCAUCACCCUCAUCAAAUACCACCUCCUGCCAAUGGUGUUGGAUUUGUACGUUCAAACCCUCACAAAGAUAAUAUCAGCAACAGCAGCAGUGAAGACAACAAUAGGCAUAAUCAAUUUUCGUCCAGAAGAUAG